AUGUUUAGUGUGCCUUCCACAAAUAGUGAUAUGCAAGAAGAUGAAGAUGUUCAACAAGUAUUUAGUAGUGGGUUGCCUAAAAAUCCUAUUUUAGGUAAAAGAAAGGAUACAAAGCCAAUGGAUAAUUACUUUGCUCCAAGAAUUACUCCAAGAGCUCAACCUAGUCUUAAAAGUGUGUUUCAAAGUAAAGAAAAGGUGAGGCAAGCUGAUAUGGCUAUUGCAAGGUGGAUGUAUGACAAUUGUAUUCCUUUUAAUGCAGUGAAUUCAAUGUACUACCAAAGGAUGAUUGAUGCCGUAGCUACUUCUGGUCCUGGUUACAAAGAUACUAGACAUAGGUCAUUGAUUAAUUUCCUUGUUUAUUGUCCCAGGGGAAUGGUGUUUGUAAAAUCAGUUGAUGCCUCAAAGAUUGUGAAGAGUACCAGAAACUUGUUUAAAUUGUUUGAUGAAGUAGUUACAUGGGUUGGUCCAAAAAACAUAGUUCACAUGGUUAUUGAUAAUGCUUUCAAUUAUGUAUCUGCUGGUAAAUUGUUGUGUGAAAAGUAUAAAACUAUUAAUUGGUCUCCUUGUGCAGCACAUUGCCUGAAUCUUGUGUUGCAGGAUAUGGGAGACAUGCCUCAUGUGGAUAGUCUCAAAAAACGUGCAUCCAAAGUUACAGUUUUUAUUUAUAAUCAUAUGACUUUGAUUGCUUGGUUGAGGAAUAGACCUGGUUGGACAAAUAUUGUACGUUCGGGAGCAACAAGAUUUGCUACUACUUUCCUUUCAUUUGGAAGCAUUCAUGUGCAUAAGCAUGACUUGCAAGCCUCAGUGACUAGCAAGUUCUUUGUGGACAAUAUAUUGGCAAGAGAGUUAAAGACAAAAGAAGCAGUUUCUAUCAUUUUGGAUAAUUCUUUUUGA